AUGGGCCCCCUGACCCCCCCGUUUGCGGCCCUGAGCCUUGACACCUCCGCCAACAACGCCCGGGCAACGCCCGAUCUGGCCUCGUCCCCCCCCCUCAGCCCGGGCUCCGAUGGCCCCCUCUCGCCCUUCUCGGAAAUGUCCCGACGAUCGAUCAAGCUCGCUGCGCGGGAGCCCUUACCGGAGGACACGUUGCAAGACCUGGUUGCGGAAGCGGCGGCGAGCGGAGGGGAUAUUCUGGAUGUGGUUGAGGCCGCGCAGGCGUGCGGUGUGAUACAGGGCGCGCUGGAGCGGCUGGCGCUGCUGGCGGUGAUCAACACGGAUGUAUCGGUGCAGGUGAAGUCUUUGUCGUUUAUGUCCACGUGUUGUGCGGAAAGUGGCAAGCUCGCGAGCCAGGAGAGGAGGAGGGAAGAGAGGACGAAAGACGUGCAUGAGGGAAGGAAAGCUAAUGUUAGAACCGCUUACAUCAAACUAGUUGGAACCGAGAUCAACUCUGAAAGUAAGAAGGCAGAGGCGAUGUCACGGACGCAGGGCAGCGAAAUCACGCGCGCAAUGGAGGAGCAAAAGGAGCUCGAGCAGCGCUUCGAGGCGCUUGUGGCGGCGCGCGCCGUGCUGCGAACCAUGCCCAAUAAGAACAAGCUCAAGGAGAACGAGGACGAGCUGCACGCGGUGCAGGAGGCGCUGCGCGAGAGCACGAAGCGGCUGAAGCGCAACCUGCAGGACAGCCCCAACGUGCAGGACAACAUGGCGCGCGUGCACGCGGAGCGCGCCAAGCUGCAGGCGCUGCUCGCCAAAACCGCGCACGAGAUCGAGGCCAGCGGAACGUUCACGUCGCUCAUUGACUAUCUAGCGGAAGAAGAGCGCGCGGAACGGGAGUCUCGAGAGCUGGUCGCCAAGGAGAAGGCCAAGAGCAGUGCGGUGAAGGCGAUGCGCGCGCAGGUGAAGGCGGACAAGAAGCACCACGAGGAAGACGUGGCCAAGCGGACGGAGGCGCUUGCGGAGCUUAAGGCGAGCCUCAAGGAGAUCAAAACCACCACCGGGGCGGAGUCGCGGUACCUAGUGAAAGAAGCGUCCGCGAGCGCGGACUGCACCGCGCGCGUGCGCUCGGAGCGGCUGGGACAGCUGGAGGAUGACGUGGCGAAGUUAAAAGCCUUCAUCGAGAUUGAAAAGAAGGCGCACGAGGAGACAGCGGCGUUCCUGCGCGCGCGCACGGGACAGAUGCGCGAGGAGGCGCUCCGGUGGGCGGGCAAGCACGAGCAGGACACGCAGAAACUAGACCGGGAGACAGAAGUGCUCAAGGAGAUCAAGCAGCAGGACCUGAGCACCAUGCUGGAGCUCGAAGACAGGUACAACCGCGACACGGCCGCGCAGAAGCUGGAGAGCGAGGGGCACGCGCGCGCAAACCGGGAGAUGACGCUAGAAGAGCUGGGCGAACUGGAGAAGCGAACACGGUCCGUGAUCAAGAUUCAGGCGGUCUACCGGGGGUAUCGGGUGCGGCGGCAAGCAGGAGCGGGGAAGAAGAAGGGGAAGAAAGGAAAGGGUGACAAGAAGAAAGGGGGCAAGAAAAGCCCCAAGAAGAAGAAAUGA